ACGUUUUUUUGUUUUUUAAACUUUACAUUUAAAGAGAGCCUCCGGGAAGGUAAAGUUUAAUGCUGGAAGCGCGUAAAGAACGGGGGCUGUUUUUGCUGCAGACGGAGAUUUCGAACAGCACGUGGGAAAAGAAGGCGAAGCUGAUGCUUGGAGCCGCCGGGGCUGAUGGCAGACAAGCACACACAGAAGCAGAUCCUGGAGAAGUUCCUGGCCGCCCUUCCCCAGAAAAUGCAGUCCUGGCUCAGGAAGUGUGGCCCUGAGAUGUAUGACCAGGCAGUAGCCCUGGCAGAAGGCUUUCUGUUCAAGCAACAGCAAGAGGAGAGGAAGCAGGGGCCUGUGACCUUUGAAGAGGUGGCUGUGCAUUUCUCUGGGGAAGAAUGGGCUCUGUUGGAUCCGGGCCAGAGAGCUCUCUACAGAGACGUUAUGGUAGAGAAUUAUGGGAAUGUGGCCUCUCUAGGCAGCAGUGAAAGGACACCCUUGACGCCUUCUCCACCGUUUCCUUUGUCCGGUGAAGGGAAAAGAGCUGCCAUGGAGCCAUCUCAGCCUGAGCUCCGCUACAGGUUUUCUCUUCUGCCGCUGAGCCGCGGAAGCCGAGCAAACACUCCGUGA